GUUUUAAUUUCUGUAAACAUUAUGAAGGAUUACCUGAUCUGAAGCCGCUGCCAUGGUAUCUUUCUUUCCUUGACCUGCUGCCUCUCUGUCCUCUGUUCCUCCUGCAAAAGGUGCUGCUACCCAUUGAGGAUGAUUUUGUAGAGAGAGCGGAGCCACCUUUGCUCUUUUCUUUUUGUUUUUGAAAGUCAUGUUGCAUGUCAGGAUGGACAUGCACUUCAGUUCCCGCUUACAGAUCGUUAUCAUGUUUGUGUGGUGCACAGUGUGUAGUACUGACAUUUCCUGUAGAAAUGAAGCUGGUGAACCAGUUGAUUGGUUUAUCAUCUACAAACUGCCCAGGUAUAAGAUUGGUGAGGUUGGCAGUGGGGUGGACUACAUGUACCUGGAUUCCUCAGUAGGGAGCUGGCAGAUAAGUAAAUAUAUGGUCAACACUAGUCAAGGAGCCAUAGGAAACACACUGAAGCAGCUUUACGCAGGACAGGCCUACAAGUCUAACAGUUCAGUCUAUGCACUCUACAAUGAUGGGCCACCGAUCCUUGAUUACAUUAAAGGAUACGGACACACUAAAGGAGUACUGCUCUUUGACCACUCUCAAGGUUUUUGGCUUUCGCACAGCAUUCCCCAUUUCCCGUCGUUCCCUGAGAGAGGGUACCUUUACCCCUCCUCUGGCAAAGUCAACGGCCAAACUGCUCUCUGCGUGACUUACCGCUAUGAACAGUUCCUCGGUAUAGCAAAGCAGAUGGUGUACCUUUACCCACGUUUCUAUAACUGCUCUGUACCUGCUACAUUCAUUGCCGAACUGCCGCAGUUGGCCCAGUUAUGCAAGGGAUCCAAACCCAGACCACCCUCAGAUAAGAGCAUGGAGCAGCUAAGCUCUAUCAAAGGAGAAACGUUUGUCAGUUUUGUCAAAUCUGAACACUUUGUUGAUGACAUCUACACAGGAUGGGUGGCUCAGGCUCUGGAUGCCGACUUGCUGGUGGAGUCAUGGCAGAGACAAGGUCACGAGCUGCCCUCUAACUGCUCCCUGCCUAAACACGUCAUGAACAUCAAGAGGAUUCGACUUCCAGGGCCAGUUCUGUUCCAGUCCCACUACGACCACUCAAAGUGGUGCGUGUCAAGGGCCUAUGAGGACCAGGUGACCUGCCUGGGGGAUCUGAACAGGGGGAAGGCACAGCUUUGGCGUGGUGGGGGGCUGGUCUGCACCUUUAACCCCCUCAUUUUCAAGGCCUUCAGACAGGUGGUGGACUGGUACUUUGGCUGUUGAAUGAGAAAGAAAGAUAGGAUGAUUAGGACUAGAUUAUUUUGACACCGCAUGGGUUGAAUCUUGUUACUGUUAAUGCGACCAACAUGCAAGUAACAGAAAAUGCAGUUAUGGCAUAGCAGGUCAAUCUGAUUCCCUCAUGCUGUGGCAGGCAGAGACAAACUGUUCUGUAAGAAGGCAACUUUCUUUAUUUUCCCAGAGUAAUAUUUUGAGUUUUUAUAAUUGAGGAUGCUUACUAUUGAAUUUGGGAAGAAUUGUUUCCGUACAGGAUCACAUUAUUUUUUAUGUGAGGAAAAGCUGCUCCACAGCAGUUCCUCCACAUUGGUGGCAUAAUCGCUUCUCUUUUGGCAGCCAUGUUUUAUGUUAUACCUGCCAGUUUCUAGGACCAGGCUGUGAGUUGUCAACAUUUUUCUGUGUUUAUCAUCAGUCACGGUGCUCAGGUUGGAUGUACUGUCUUUUUAAGGCCAGAUAGUAUUGCAUUUUACUUUGGGUUUGGUUUUGGGGUUUGGGAUUUAGCAUUCCAAUAAGUGAAGUAGUAAUCAAUUUCAGAAUAAACAAUACACAAUAACUUA